UGGUGAGGUAGCUUUCCAAGAUGGAGCUUUGAUUGCUGCAGAUGUCAUAAUUCACUGUACCAGGUAUAAAUAUGAUUUUCCAUUCUUGGAAACAAAUGGAAUAGUUAUGGUGGAUGAAAAUCGUGUUGGACCAUUGUACAAGCACGUCUUUCCUCCACAACUUGCUCCUACACUUUCUUUUGUCGGAAUCCCAAGCCAGUAUAAGUACUUGGACUGGCUAGCUGCUCAAGUAGGGUUAGCACCGACUGAGGAGCAACUGAAAAAAAUAUAUGAUAAAAUGAUCGAACUCAUUAUCAUUUCAUGGGUUGGAUUUAGAGAGUUGGCCAUUUUAAAGACAAAGAUUUCAGCAAGGUUAAUUAGUCGAUGUUUCUUGGCUUCCAAAUUUGCAAUAAUUCUGGACCAGACGAUUACUGUUCUUGUAAAAUCUUUAGUACUCUUUCCUUCAAUACCUUUUUACUGCUCUUCCAUCGUUUUCUGAGGCGCCUUUAUUUACAACUCAACGAAGAGUACGAAUUUUACUAUGUAAAUUAAAAGGAUGAUGAUGUAAUUGCAUUGGGAUGAAUGGAGCU